AUGACGAUUCAGACGACUUCUUUAUCGGAGAAUAACAACAAGGAGAAUAACAACAUCGACAGCAUCAUUGUCGCCGUCGCGGGGAAGAUGAGCACGUCGGGAUCCGCGGCGACUUCUGCGACUGCGACUGCCGCGACGGCUGCGACCGCCACUAAUUCGUCGCCGAAAUCAUCGAGAAAGACGAAGCGCUGGUUUUCUUUUGUUUUGGAAAACAUCGAACGCGACGCGCGAUUCAGAACGAUGUGCACGGAGACGCUGAAUAAAAGGUUGCAGAAAGCGUACGAGAAAUUGACGAAAAGAGAGACGCAGGCGCAUAAUAAGGAGUGGAUUUUGUUGAAAAUGGCGAGAUUUGUGUUGGAAACCAACAACGCCGCCGGGGAGGAAGAACGAGAAGAAGAAGAAGAAGAAGAAGAAGAAUACAAAGAAGAAGACGAAGAAAGAGAGGCGGUGAAAAACUCGAUGUUUGCGCGACUGAGACAGAUUUUGGAAGAGACGGUUGAAAGCGAGCGAGAAGAAGAAGGGCACACAAGAAAUGUACCCGCGCCGUCGUCGUCGAAUAAUAGCAAUUAUAACAACAACUUUCGCAAGAACAGGAAACGAAAAGUGACGACGAAAGAACGUGAAGAAAAGACCGCUGCCGCUGCUGCACUUUCAUCUACCACUAUGAUUCCUCUCCAGUGCUCGAGAAAUGACGGCAAGAGUUGGCGAUGUUCAGCGUUAGCCGUGGAGGGACACAAGCACUGCGCGAAGCAUUUGCGGUGGGGUUACGGAGCUCGAGCGGCGAACAACGCGCAACACAUCGCGUCGAUAGCCAACAUCAUCGCCGCCGCAGAGAAGAACAAUAAGAACAUCAACAAGAACAACAACAACAACAGCAAAUUAAUACACAGAAACAAGGACACGCGCGCUUUAGAAAAGAAAAGUCGCCAUUUACCCAAACGACGCGUCAAUCUGAGCGACGCCGGCGAGAAACAACAACGAUUACGCGAGGAGAAAAUGUACGAACAACAUCGCGUCGAAUACGAGCGUCGAAUGCAGAAGAAAAUAAAGAGUAGCGUCGUCCAAACAACCUCCAGCGAUGGCACGAACAUCGCCUGCACUAUCGAAGUAUGCGAGAAAAACGAGGAAAAGGAGGAUGACUGUCUCAGCGAAAACACGAGCAUUCCUCUCUUCUCUCGUCCCGGAGGAAGCUUGAAAAACUCCUCGUCGUCGUCUCUGUCCUCUUUGUCUUCGUCUUCUAUCGGGGUGAUGAAAACGAUCAAUUUAGACGACUUUUCCGGAUACGGGCCGUUACGAGAACACUUACUGAAACUCGCGGCAGGAGCGAGUAGUAAUUCUACCGGAAGAGAAAUAUCGGUAGUGUAUUGGACGGCGCAUAAUACCGCGCAUCAAAUCGCGUUGGGGGAGCCGUACGAGUAUUUCAAAGCGAAGUGCGUGAAACUUCACGCGAAAGUGUACCCAAAAGCAUCAUCAUCAGGUACUGGUGGUGGUUUUCGAAGCAUCAAAAUCCCUCUCGUCGCGGGACCAACGUCGUCGUCGUCGUCGUCGUCGUCGCCGUCUGCGACGAUGUAUAUGAUGUUGAUGAUGCAAAACGACAAAAACAAAAAUAUAUUUUUUCCUUCCAACUCUACCUAG